AUGCCGCGCACAAGCGCAUUCAGCACAGCAAUAAGAUCUAGUAAUGAUUUAAUCCAUCUAGAGCCCGUCAAUUAUCAAUGUUUAUCAUCACUUACAGUUGGAUUAAAUUAUUUAUAUAAAAACUCUCGUUAUGGUCGUACUAAACAUGGCAGAGGUAAAACAGAUGAGAAAGGUAAAUAUCAUCCCUGUCCAGGUGAAAUAUUGGCCAGAAGAUAUAAAAUAUUACAGACACUUAGUAAACAGGGACAGUCUGGCAUUAUUCUUAAAGCUCAGGACUUAUAUAGUCAAACUGAAGUCACAAUUAAGGUUUUACAUGUCAAGUAUUAUGGGAUAGGAAUACAAGAAGCACAUUUAUUAUCAACGCUAAAAACAGCUGAUCCUUAUCAUGUUUCUCGUACUGUUAGACUGUUGGCAACAUUUAAACAUAAAGAACAUUAUUGUAUGGUGUUUGAAUCUUUACAUCCUGAACCAAUAACAGAGUUAUCAUGUUUAACACAGACUACAGAUGUUACACAGAAAUUAAACUAUAUUCGUAAAUUAACGGUAAAAUUAUUACAAGUAUUGAGUUUUCUACAACAACAGAAUAUGAUACAUGCUGAUCUUAAACCUGAAAAUAUUCUACUUAAAGACAAAAAUGAUAUAGAUUCUAUAAGAGUUAUAGAUUUCGGUAAUGCUAUACAUCAUGUACAUCAAGAAGUUUCUAUGUAUUAUGAAAAAUUCGAACUGCAAACUCUAUUAUAUCGGGCACCGGAGGUAAUGUUUGGUAUACCAUUUGGUUGUGAGGUUGAUAUGUGGUCUCUAGGAUGCAUUAUAGUAGAGCUAUUUCUAGGUACACCAUUAUUUCUUGGUGAAAAUAAAACAGAACUUAUUAUCGAGAUAGUUGAUAUCUUGGGUCCUCUUCCAACAGAAAUAUUUCAGCGUGGUAAAUUCUAUAAAGAAUUAAGUCAGUACACAUCAAAACAUACUAUAAAAGAUGCAACCCUAGAGAUCCUGAACCAAUUAACAGAUUGUUAUGAUUAUACAUUUGCUAAUUUUUUGUCUGGUCUACUGAAACUAAACCCUGAUGAAAGAUUAACACCAUUAUCAGCUUUACAACAUCCUUUCUUAGCUCCAGAAUUUAACAUGGGGGUUGUCCUCAAGUCACAAGGUAGUAAAGAUUCAAUGUUUGUAUUAAAAACAGAGAACUACACAGAAAGACCCAAAAUAUCACCAGAUAUCAAACGACAAAACCCUACUUCUUAUGAUUUACUUCGACUUGGUACCACCAGUGAAUCUUGUCAUAAUAUAGCAGUUGUCUGUCCUUUCUCUAAAUCUAAACAGGGUCGCGUGUCUGUUGUUCCACAAGUUUCAGCUGUACCUCCACUAAUUGAGAUGCCAAGUCAAAGACAAGCUAGAAGCUCAAUUGAUAACGCAUCAAGUGUUCAUGGUCAAAGAAAUUCAAAUCAGUGGAACAGUGCUUACAAUGAUCAUCAUUCGAGAAGAAACAGAACUGCGAGAAGCAAUAUGAAUUUAAGGAGAAAUACUGUGCAAGAGGAAGAACUUAGUGCAACAAGUCCUGUCAGAAUCUUCACAGAUUUACAAAAUAAGCAAAGGCAACACAAUCUUCAUACCUUAUCCGAUGCUGGAUCUCUAAAUAACCUUCAAAGCGGAUCUCAGAGUCCUUAUCAUAUAUCAGAUCAAAACCCACCAGUCAGUCCAACUGCUGAAGUCUAUGCACUCUCCACUGAGAGACCAAGUAGUUCCGAAGGAGACCUGACUGCUGCUUCACCCAGAAAGAUAAGAAGAUUGUCUAGUCGCAGAAAUCACAUAGAUUAUAGACUACAGAAGUCUCUUAAUCCAAGAGUUCCAACACCAGCUUUAACAGUUUCUCCAGUUAAUAGACAUGCUCAGAUUGAUCAAGCCAUCUCAACUGAGUUUGAAAAUGUUGUGUCUCAAAAUAGUGAAACUGGAGUAACAGUAACAAAACACGAUUGUGGUUCGAAUUGCACUAAAAAUCCCAGGGUACAAAUGAAUUCAUUUGAAUCAAAAGAUAUAAUUGAGUUGGAACCCACAUCUCAGGCAACUGAUCCACAAAGCACUGAGCUCAUUAACAUAUCAGAUGAAGAUCCAGGACACGACCAUGUUGAGAUGGUGACCAGAUGUAGUUUACCAUCGAAUCAUACAAAACAUAUCAAUAUUUUGCCAGUCAGAGAAGUUUCCAGUAUCAAAUCAGUCUCCCCAAAUGUGACUAUAGAUGGAGAAACUGCUCACGAUGUUACCGUCAUUGAAAAAGGUGAAAGUUCAGAUGAACCAGUUGCGGAAUUGAUAGAAGGAAACAGAAUUGAAGGAAACAGAAUUCAGGGAACACUUUCGCUACUAAAUCAUGGGGUCGUUAAGUCCUGUAAUGAUUCAACAGAGAGAGUAUUAACUUCAACCCCAAUGACAGGUUAUGUUAAACCGUCGUCAUCUAAGUUGAUGCCAAAGAAACGUUUGUCAUCACCAUCUAAUUCGACUAGAAAUGAACUAAUUUCCCCUUUGUGUUCAACAGAGUGGCUAGAUUCUACUGAAGAUUCUUCUAAAAGAAUCAAUCAACAAAGCCACUCUUUGUGUUCAAACAAACGCGAUAUGAGGGACGAGUAUCAUCAACAGAAAAUGUCAAAUCAUUCAACAAGUAUUCAGACACCAUUGUGUUCAUCCUCGUCGCCAAUCCACCAAAGUGCUUGUCAUCUUAUCAAUACCAACACAACAUCAAAACAAUCAUUACAAACUGACCAGAACAGUUCUGAGUUUGAAACCAUUUAUUCAUCGCUUGUUCAAAAAAGUUCAAAACCAGAUCCACAACCAUCUACCAGCAGAGAAACUAGAGCUUCAUCAACAUUGAAGAGAAAAAAGGCUAGAGGUCAUUGUGCGAUUGAACUUGGCCAAAAAUCACAAACUCCAGAAAGAGUUAUUCAGACUACUUCAGCCUCAGGUAGUGGUGGCCAAAAAUCACAAACUCCAGAAAGAGUUAUUCAGACUACUUCAGCCUCAGGUAGUUGUGAUCCUGCAUCUAUGGUGAUCAAAGUGGAACCACUAGAUAAUGAUUCAGGUUUUCAAGAAGUACCAUUAUGUUCUUCUAAGAUCCAUUUCCUUUCUCCUUUAAAACAAGAGAUCAAAGAAGAAUCCAUUGAUUAUGAAGUGCAAUCAAAUACAACCAAGAACACACCUGGGAAUCAAGAUUCACCAAAUGGAGGUGAGCAUGAAAUCAAGGAUCAUAAUCAUAUCAAAGAAGAAAUUAAGGACAAUGAAUACCAAGAAACCGUAUCUAGAAGGUCUGAAUGCAGUUCUGAACCAGAGCCAAAGUUUUUGGGGAUGAAAGUUAAAUCAGAUAUUAAACAAGAAACAGACACGAAAUAUUCCGAAGGAGAAAGAGCUCCUGAAUAUAGAGGCGUAAAGUACGAAAAUGAGUCGCCAAUUUCAAGAGUUCAGACAUGCAAAGCUAAUCUUAGAGACCUGCAACGGCCUGUUAAAGCCAAAGCAGUUGAUCUUGAAGUGAAGAUCACAUCACCAAUGAUUAAUGAUGAUGUUUCACAGCGAUCAGAGGUACCACCCCGGAGAGGCAGAGCCUCUUCGAAAGCUCUUGAGCCCAAUUAUUCUGGUUCCCAUAUACCUUUGGCAAUGGAGAUGAAUGUGGGUUCUUCAGAAUCAAAUGUUUAUCGGAGUACGGCAAUUAGAAAGUUUAUGACAAAAGUUACAGCUCAAUCAGCCCAAUUCCCAUCACCGUCGUCUUUAAAAGUCAACCAAAGUCCAAGACGUGUAUCUAAAGCAUUGGAAUCCGAAGUACGUUCUCAAAUUGUGGAAUCACCUCGCACUUCUACAUUCCAGAAAUCACCUGCUAGAGUAUCAGGUUCUUCUCUAAGACAAUUUCAUCCAAAAAUCAUAACAUCUGUUCAUGGUUUCGAUUCACCACUUCUUCCUGGCAGAGAAGAUUCAAGCUCUCCAGAGAGUGUUGUCUUUUCGCCCCAGAAAUUAAAACGUAUAGAAAAUGGAACCAUAUAUUUUGAAGGGUUCGAUAAGUAUAUAAGUAAACGUGAACUUAGUGAAAAGGUUAUCAAGAUAUUGCCAGAGACUAAACCAAAACCACAACGAGUUUAUAGCAGUACAGAGAGUGACUUGUCGGAAAGCACCGCAUCAUACAUCAGGAAGAACAUUAGAGCAAAAAGAGUACAGUUACCCCGUAGAAUGCCCAGUAAGGUGUUAAAACAGCCAAAAAAGGCGCUUCUUGGACUUUCAACGACUUCAAAUGAUUACGAAAAGGCCACAGCUUCCACUGAUCAAAGUAGCGCAGUUAAAGAUUCUAGCCAAUGUAAAGAAUUCGUUGCAGGUCUAGCGACUAACCACAGAAAUCACUCUUGCCAGAAACAGAAACCCGGUAAACGAAAUGUACAAAACAGAGCUGCUGUCAAGCGUAUUCUAAAGCGUUGGAAGUUAAGGAAAGAUUCAUCUGCUGAUCAUUCAAAUUCGGAUGAAAAACAUCAUUGUCAGCCGUCGUCACAAAAUUCAGAAAUCUCUGUGACGCACAUGACACAAAGAAAUGAUCAAGAUUUAAACAAAGACACAGAUACUGGCAUUGCCCCCGAAGAGGAAUAUAUUGUUGAAAAACACAGUGUUUCACCAAAUGAUCCUAAUAUGUCUCCCAAUCUUCAGGAAUAUUCAUGGAACUUGCUUGAUCGAGACGCCGAAAGACAAGUUCUCGAAAAGGAGUGGAGUCAAAUUGCUCGAGCAAAUAAUUACUUUGGGUCCCAAGCUCCGGUUGGUAGAAACCGAAUAGGAAUUUCAAAUACCGAAAAACCGUCUUUUGAAGAUGCUGAAGUUCUAGAGGAUGUCGCAACUAUCGAGGAAGAAGAACACGACCAAAUGACCUUGUACUCUCCGAGCCAUACGCCAGUGAUAUCCAUGACACCGAACUUUGCUAAUACUCCCUCAUCGCCCAUAGAUUAUUUCGAGAUUUGCAGAAACCCCUCCAUAUCUGAAGAUAAUCUAUCAGAAAUUGAUGCAAUACCAUAUGCAUCAGGGGUAAAAGCUGAGAUUAGGAACUUGUUAGAUCAAGGAUUUGACCUCUGUCCAGUAUUAAAACCAGAGCACGGAAAAUCAAACCAAAGACUGGACUCUGUGCCUUAUUCUCCAACUCAAUCUCCGUUUGUACUGACAUCAACUCCAGAUCCAGGCUCGAUACCGACGAACUCUCAGAGACGUAGAAGCAAACAGCGAAGCUUUGUUUCUCCCCCAAGUCGGCCACCUCUUGAUUCACCCAGACCACAAAGGAGACACAAGUCUAUCAGUCAGAGAUUUGUCGAUUCUGGAGUAGGACAAAGUAUUAGUCCAAAAGUAUCUUUCAAAUUUAAAAAACCUAAAUCGUGUAUGUCGAAUUUCAAACGCCGACAGCUUAGCAUAGGAACAAGCGAAUCUGAAUCCAUAGGAUGUAGUGAUCUUAGUGAAGUCAGUUCUCCGGGAUACAGUGUUAGCAACGAUAGCUCGUCAUCCUUCGCGCCAUCAUCCGGUGCUGAAGUCGCAUAUUCUCCAAGUCAAGAACCUGUCCUUUCAUCUUCCCAAACCAUUGAAAGAAAGCGUAAAUUUAGAUCAAAACCCAAGAUGUGCGUGAGUGAAUUGAAUACGUUAGGUACAUGUGGAACGAAUCGUCAUUUGGGUGCAAGUAACAGAAAUCGACACAGUCAAAUAAGCGAUGAAUUGAAUAUCGAACCGGAUGAUAUCGGUACUCCCGAUCAAAUAGUCACCCCUGAGAGACAGUGGCAGAGGAACUUACGAAGGAGGGACACUAUUCCGAGGUUAGAUAGGUCUGAUCCUAAUGUUGCUUUAUAUGGAGCAUUUGUUUACUUUGCCAAAAAGCUUUCUUGA